AUGACCGUAGAAGCGCCGGGGAGCAGGGAGCAGGUCAGGGGAGACGCAGGAGUCGCUCGAGGCAAGCCGUCAACGAGAGCAGCAGAAGAAAGUCGAAAGAGAGAGAUAGAGAGAGAGAGACGAAGGAAGAUAGGGGCGGGCCUAGAGAGCCUGAGCGAGCGAGAGCGGGCCGGAAAAACUGAAGCGAGUAAGCAAAGACAAACCUACCCAGCGAGCAGAGGACGAGGAAGACAGCGAGGGUUGAUGAAGGAUGGCGAUGAACCAGCAGAGAGGAUGAUGAUGAAGCUGGAGUUGGAGAAGGUGAAGGCGAAGAUGAAGGUUGAAGUCGAGAAAGUUGACGUUGACGUCGAAGUUGGAGCAGGAAGAAGACGAGAAACCAAAAGGGCAAAAGGGAAAAAGCUCUUCUUUGGGUCAGAAGCAGAAGGAGGAAAAGCAGAAGAAGACGAAGAAGACAGCGACUGCCAAAAAAAGCAAGCAAGCAGUUUAAAGUUCGGCUUUUUAGUUAGUUUAGUUUUAGUCACUUUAAGCGCCUGUCAAGAAGCAGCAGAAGAAGAGAAGAGAAGAAGACGUAGAAGCAGUGGAAGUGGGAGAGAAGAUGGUAGAAGGAGUAGAGUGGCAGUGGAAGCGAAGAGGCAAAGAAGGGAGCAAGCAAAGAAGACCUACCUACUUGCUUAG